ACACACAAAUAUACGUACACACACAAACGUACACUCCUCGUCUCAUAUCCUCUACUCUAUUCCUUCCCUACCCCCCCUCCCCCACCAACACACCAAUUGGAUAUCAAAGCUUUUAAGAGUCUAAGCAACUAUGAGGGUGGCUAGUUAGAGUUAGGUUUGGAAAUAUGGAAGGUGACUAUGGUGGCGGAGGAAUGAAAGAUGAAAGGUGACUAGUAGUCCUUAGGGACCGACUUAGGGUAUAAACAUCCCUACCAUGGAACUUCAAUUCAAUCCUUUUGCUUCAAACUUCCUUAAUCUGUUCCUUCUCUUCUCCUUCCUUGUUUUGAUAGUUAAGAUAUGGAAGAAAAGAAACACACCUAUUAUGAAUUUGCCACCAGGUCCACGCAAGUUGCCGAUCAUAGGUAACAUGCACAACUUGUUUGGUGGACUUCCGCAUGUAGUUCUUAGGGAUUUGGCUAGAGUAUAUGGUCCAAUGAUGCACCUUUGGGUAGGGGAAGUUUCCACAGUUGUAAUAUCAUCGGCGGAGAUGGCGAAGGAGGUUUUAGUAACUCAUGAUCCUACAUUUGCUAACAGGCCGGAUCGUCUUGCUGUCAAAAUCAUGUGGUAUGACCAACAAGAUAUGAUCUUUAUUCCAUAUGGAGACAAAUGGAGGCAAAUGCGAAAAAUAUGCACAACGGAGCUACUAAGUGGCAAGCAUGUUCGAUCAUUCAGUUAUAUUAGGAAGGAUGAAAUCUCAAAGCUGAUCGAAUCAAUUCGUUCCUCUCAAGGGGCAGCCAUAAAUGUUGGAGAGAUAUUCUUCAUGUAUACGAGUUUGAUGACUUGCAGAGCAGCCUUUGGUAGAAUAUGCAAGGAAUACGAAACAAUGAUUGCAUACGUCAAGGAGGGGAUAGCUUUAGCAGCAGGCUUUGAUGCAGCUGAUAUGUUUCCAUCCCUGAAAGUACUUCCUCUUAUCAGCGGGUUAAGGCGUAAAUUGCUCAAGAUGCACUAUAAGAUAGAUUCGAUUCUUGAUGAUGUGAUCAGUCAACAUAAACUGAACCAUAAAAGUGGAAAGAAGAGCAACGCCGAGACCGGUGAAGAAGAUUUGAUUGAUGUUCUAUUGAGAGAGCAGGAAAGUGGCAACCCUCAGAUGCCAAUCACAAGCAAGGAUAUAAAAGCUGUGGUUUUUGACAUUUUCACUGGUGGAACAGAUACUGCAUCUGUAACAAGUGAAUGGGCAAUGGCAGAAUUGAUGAAGCAUUCGAGAGUGAUGGCAAAGGCACAGGCAGAAGUAAGGCAAGUCUUUAAGGGUAAGAAGCUAAUUGAAGAGGAUGAUGUCCAGAAACUAGUGUACCUGAAGAUGGUAGUCAAAGAAACAUUAAGGCUCCACCCACCUAUUCCUUUGAUUCCAAGAGCAAGCAGGGAAAACCGUCAGGUAAAAGGGUGUAUGAUACCAAACAAAUCCCAGAUUAUGGUGAAUGCCUGGGCUAUAGGGAGAGAUCCUGAAUAUUGGGAUGAUCCAGAAAUAUUUUUACCAGAGAGAUUCGAGCAAAAUUCGAUUGAUUACACGGGGACACAUUGCCAAUAUCUUCCAUUUGGUACAGGAAGGAGGAUGUGCCCCGGCACAGCUUUCGGUAUAGUCAAUGUCGAGCUUCCCUUAGCUCAUUUACUCUAUCACUUUGACUGGAGACUUCCCGACCGAAUGAACGUCAUUGAUCUUGACAUGGAUGAAGCUGCUGGAAUAAAUAUAAAAAGGAAAAAUAACCUUAACUUGGUUGCUACUGCAUACUAUCCUUCCAGGCGCAGUGAGGUGUGUGAGAUGAGACAACAUAAUGAUCUGCAUAUGAUCGAUCCGUCUGUUGCCUAAUAAGUUUGUGUAGAAAAUCUUCCUAGGUCUGAGUAUGUCCAUUUCCUAAGUUAUAUGCCUAUUCUCCACAAUCUGAUUUCAAGUUUGAAACUUGAUGUUGACUA